UAUUAUAUCUCUACAGAAAUAAUUUGCAAAAAUAUAUUGAGAUUUAUGUGCAAAAAGUGAAUCCAUCGCGUCUUCCGGUUGUCAUCGGCGGACUCUUGGAUGUGGACUGCGCUGAAGACGUGAUCAAACAGCUAAUAAUGGUAGUGAGGGGUCAGUUCUCUACCGACGAAUUGGUCGAAGAGGUGGAGAAACGGAACCGUUUGAAACUGUUGUUGCCGUGGCUGGAGAUGCGCAUCCAUGAGGGCAUCAACGAGUCGGCCACUCAUAACGCGUUGGCAAAGAUCUACAUCGACUCCAACAACAAUCCCGAGAGGUUUCUCAAAGAGAACCAGUUCUACGACAGCAAAGUUGUGGGCAAAUACUGCGAGAAACGGGACCCCCAUCUCGCGUGUCAGGCCUACGAGCGCGGGCAGUGCGACCUCGAGCUCAUCAAAGUGUGCAAUGAAAACUCGCUCUUCAAGAGUGAGGCCCGAUAUCUCGUGCGGCGAAGAGAUCCCGACCUUUGGGUAGAAGUUCUUCAGGAGACGAAUCCAUUCCGACGACAACUCAUUGAUCAGGUCGUCCAAACAGCACUUUCCGAAACACAAGAUCCCGAAGACAUUUCAGUGACAGUGAAGGCAUUCAUGACCGCAGAUCUUCCCAAC